GUGGAGAAAGAGUGCCGGGCUCUCGAGUACUAAUUCGGCGCUGAAAGGGCUUCCGAGAGCUUGGGAGGAGGGCAAGAGCAGGCGAGGAGGCUCCUUCCAGCCAGAGGGGAAAGGCAUGCCGGCAAAGAGGAGGUGGAGGAGGGCGAGCAGAGAUCGGUGGGCGACGCUGCUGCCAGGCUGAGCCCCCCAACAGCCCACCAUGGUCCGGGGCUCCUUCGAGGCUGGGGACCCUCCGCUUUCUGACUCUGGCAGGGACCGCCUGGGAGACGGAGGCAGCUAGCGGCUUCCUCGCUUUCCCAUCUCGAGAUAUGGAAGAACAAGACACAGAGGCAAAGGCUGGAUUCCAACCCUAGCAGUCUGCGCCCUGCUCUCUCCCCGCUGUUCCAGCUUCCAGCUAUCUGUGGACUUCACUGCUUGCAAGUAGAAGUGUGGAAAGGCAUGAAACUUCAGGUCACUGGACUGCAGACCAUGAUAUCCAGGGAACAGAACCCACAAAACAGCAAUACACAUAAGGUGUGCACCCUUGGUUCAUGAGAUCAGCUUAUGAGGAGUCCAGUGCAGCCACUGAAUGUAGCAGUGAGAGCUGAAUAAUCAACUGAAGUCUCCAAAGGUAACAUGUUUUUAAGUUCUUCUCUCCUAAUUAGACAGGCUUAAGUGAUAUUUAUCCAGUGGUUUACUAGACACAGAGAUGAAUAACUCAACGAACGUAAGCUCUUUGGAGGAUGUAAUGGCCUUGGCAAGUCCAUAUAAAACUGUUGAGGUGGUCUUCAUUGUCCUGGUGGCCGGGUCCCUCAGCCUAGUGACCAUCAUUGGAAACAUUCUGGUUAUGGUGUCUAUUAAAGUAAACCGGCACCUGCAGACAGUCAACAAUUACUUUCUUUUCAGCUUGGCAUGUGCUGACUUGAUCAUCGGUGUUUUCUCCAUGAACCUGUACACUCUUUACACUGUGAUUGGCUACUGGCCCUUAGGGCCUGUGGUUUGUGACUUGUGGCUAGCUCUUGACUACGUGGUCAGCAAUGCCUCUGUUAUGAACCUGCUCAUAAUCAGCUUUGACAGAUAUUUUUGCGUCACCAAGCCUCUGACUUAUCCAGUCAGGCGGACCACUAAGAUGGCAGGCAUGAUGAUUGCAGCUGCCUGGGUUCUGUCCUUCAUCUUGUGGGCACCAGCGAUUCUCUUUUGGCAGUUCAUUGUAGGAGAAAGAACUGUUCCUGAUGGAGAGUGCUAUAUUCAGUUCUUGUCCAAUGCAGCCGUCACCUUUGGCACAGCUAUUGCUGCUUUCUAUCUGCCUGUCAUCAUUAUGACUAUUCUCUAUUGGCAAAUAUCACGUGCUAGUAAGAGCAGGAUUAAGAAAGACAAAAAGGAAGAUCCAGCUUCUCCAAGUCUGGUCCAAGGUAAAACAGGGAAACCAAACAAUAACAACAUCCCAACCAGUGUAGAUGGUAUAGAACAUAGCAAAAUUCAGAAUGGCAAAGCCACAGGGGAAUCAGUGGUGGAAAAUUGUGUUACAACAGAGGAGAAGGAAAGCUCCAAUGAUUCCACCUCUGUCAGUGCUGUUGCUUCCAAUGUAAAAGAGGAUGAAGCCAUCAAAGAGGACACCAGGGCUUCUGUCUCCCAAGUCAAUGCCAAAGUGGAGAAUUCCAAACUGACAUGCAUCAGGAUACUCACAAAGUCCCCCAAAGGUGACUGUAGUAGCUCUGCCAACACCACCGUGGAGAUUGUAGGCCCCGAUGAACAAAAUGGAGAUGAGAAGCAGAAAGUUGUAGCACGUAAGAUUGUCAAGAUGACAAAGCAGCCUGCCAAAAAGAAGACACCUCCUUCCAGGGAGAAAAAAGUUACCAGGACUAUCUUGGCUAUUCUCCUAGCUUUCAUCAUUACCUGGACACCAUACAAUGUGAUGGUUCUCAUCAACAGCUUCUGUUCAUCUUGUAUCCCCAACACAGUAUGGACGAUUGGCUACUGGCUGUGCUACAUCAACAGCACCAUUAAUCCCGCCUGUUAUGCACUCUGCAAUGCUACCUUCAAGAAAACCUUUAAGCACCUCCUUAUGUGUCAUUACAAGAACAUAGGCGCUACGAGGUAAAACCAUAACAGCAGAGCAAAGGGGGGGAAGAAAGUGUCAAGUUUUAUAAAACAAUGCCAUAGCACUUUAUGCUCUAGUACAAAAUCAGAAAAGCUAGAGGACACACUGGCAGGGGCAGGUGGGCUGUGUGUGCUCCAUCACUAAAUCUGCACUUCAAAGAUCACAGCUUCUCUGUCAGUGUGGCAUUUUGGGGGCAGGAAAUGGCCAAUGGGCCAGAAGAAGAUUUGUAUUUGAGGCAGGUCCCCUGUUCUCCAGUAGUCUCAUGCAGAAGGGCUUUUGAAUUCAUCCUUCUUUGGGCACAACCUCCAUCCCUGAGGAGUUGUCUUGCCUGAAGGCUAAUUUGGGCUAGCACUUCACAAAAGAGGGAGUUGUAUAAAAGCACUGGUAUUCCCACAAGCCGAAAAGAACCUUGGAUGGGUUGUCAGUCAAUUCUUCUGGCAUGUGAGUUGCCAGAUUUGUUUUUUGUCUCUCUGUGUGUAUAUUCAUAGGAAAUAUGGUUCAAUGGUUUUGAAAUUCUUCAGUCAUAAAUAUUCUAUGUGGAAAGUACAAGAGACAGGAAGAGCAAAACACCAGAACAAGCCAAUCAGUUGAAUUGCUUCCAAAUAUUUUUCAAAGAAGUGGAAUGGGGUUGAAUGUAGAAAAAUAGUGAAUGGGUGUUAAGGAUCUUAGUGUUAAUCUUUACCUCCCUCCUGCUGCUUAGCUCUACAUCAGAAAAAUAGUACCUUACCUCAUAAAAGGACAGGAUGACAGCCAAACCUUUAAGUACAUGUUCUCCCCUUUUAAGUCAGUGAGACUUUCAAGAGCUGGUAUUUGGCUAGAGGGCAGCUAUCAAUGAUUAGGAAAGAGGUGACUUAUGUUAACUGCUUCUUCCUCUCUGGCUGGUUCAGAUUUUCUUUCAAGACUCACUGGUAGUCAAAUUGAGCAAAGAAGAAGUAGGAGCUGGAGAUUCACUUUUUUGUUUGAUAGACCACAGGAAGAAUCUGAAGAUGAAGUGAAUUGGAGAAGUCAGAGAACAAAGAUUUCAGGACUGGGACAUCUACAGUAGCAUUAAAAAUAGAUAAAUUGCAUGGGCAUUAUGUAGAUCAAAGCAAUUAUGAAAAUGAUAAUUAUUUUGGUACUAAUUCACAUAGGGAUGGAAGCUUCCUAGCUAGAUAUUCCUUGCACCUUCCAAUUCAUAUCUGGUAAAUCAUAUAAUUGGAAGGAAUCAUCAGGACUAUUUAGUCCCAAGCCACAGCCAGGGCUAGAAUCUGAAGCAAAGACUCCCUCGUGCAGUUUUCACCCAUCUAAGGAUCAUAAGCCCACAAUAGACUUAUGAAGCAGUAAACUGAGGAAUGCCAGGCAGUGGGAAGGGAUAUGUCUCUCAGUUUUGAUUUUUCUCGGUUUCUCAGUUUUUUUAAGCCUAAAUUGGGCUUAUCUCAAACUUUGAGAAUGUUUCCAAUUUUAAAUUUGAUUCAUCAUAAAUUCUGGGAUA